AUGUCAUUUGGACGAAGAACAUGGAAUAGAGAAGAGUAUGCUGCCAAGGCAGCAACUUCUCCAGGAGGGCAAUCUCAUCUUUCAUCAUUAGACCAGGAACAACUGAAAGCUUUAAAAGAUAGAUACACAGACUACAAUGCUUUACUCGAGUAUAAUCUACGCGACAUCAAUAAAAAGACGUUAUCAGCCAAUCUAAGUCAGCAGAAAAAAGGUAAACAGUUCGGGUUUUACUGUGACAUAUGUGACUUAACCUUCAAAGACACACUACAAUUCAUUAACCAUUUGAAUCACAAAUCACAUGUUGUACGGUUUGAGAACAUAUUCAACGAGCCAUUGAUAAAAGAUACGAGGGAUAAUGAUCUAGUACCACUUAAUGAGGUACGAUCCCAGUUUCAUAAAUCUGUAUCAGCAUUUAUCGGGGACACUGAAUUGAGAUCCAAUAAACGCAAAGCGGCAAAGAGAGUCAAAUGUGAGAAAUCUGAUGCAGAAAUCAAAUAUCAACCACAGUCUGAAAUCGGCAGGUUAAUGGGUUUCACAGAAUUCGGAAGUUCCAAGAAAUAA